AGGCUGCGGCGGGCGCGUGCGCGCCGCCACGCCGGGCGUUUCAAAACUCUUGCGGCCGACGGAGUGGCGUGAGGGCUGCGUGCUCUGCUAGGAGCCGGCGCGGCUCCGGCUGCUUCCCGGCUGGAGUCGACUCGUCUCGCGGGAUCCGGGUCCCGGCUCGACGCCCGCUCUCUCCUGACGCCCCACCGAAGGGGGUCGCCAUGGUUCACUUCUUGCACCCCGGCCUCUCGCCCCGGACCAUCGAACCUCCUGACGCUCAGAAGGAUGCGCUGGGUUGCUGCGUGGUGCAGGAGGAGGCAUCUCCCUACUCUUUGGUCAAUAUCUGCCUGAACGUCCUGAUUGCUAACCUAGAGAAAUUGUGUUCUGAAAGAUCUGACGGAACCUUGUGCCUUCCAGAGCAUUGGAGUUUCCCUCAGGAAGUAGCUGAUCGAUUCCUUGGGGUAAUGACAUGGCAAGGCAAGCUGACUGAUAGAACAGCAAGCAUUUUCCAAGGCAACCAAAUGAAACUGAAGCUGGUCAAUAUUCAAAAAGCUAAAAUCUCGGCAGCUGCAUUCACAAAAGCCUUCUGCCAUCACAAAGUCAUUGAGCUAGAUGCUACUGCUGUGCACACUGACCUCCCAAUUCCAGACAUCAUAAGUGGACUCUGCAGCAAUAGCUGGAUCCAGCAAAACCUUCGGUGUCUCCUGUUGGACUCGGCAAGCAUCCCUCAAGAUUCAAGACUACUCUUCUUUGGUCAGCUCACUGGUCUUCGCAUUUUAAGUGUUUUCAAUGUUUGUUUUCAUAGUGAAGACCUGGCUAAUGUUUCUCAGUUACCAAAACUGGAAAGCUUGGAUAUUUCUAAUACUCUGGUCACUAACAUCUCUGCACUCCUUACCUGUAAGGAUCGACUCAAAUCUCUGACAAUGCACUAUCUGAAAUGUCUGACUAUGACCAAACCACAAAUUCUUGCAGUUAUUAGAGAACUUAAAUGUCUGCUUCACCUUGAUAUUUCUGAUCACAGGCAACUCAAAUCAGAUUUAGCUUUUCAUUUGCUGCAGCAAAAGGAUAUUCUGCCUCAUCUUGUGUCGCUGGAUAUUUCAGGGGGCAGUUGCAUCACCGAUGGAGCUGUAGAACUGUUCAUACAGCAGCGACCUGCGAUGCAGUUUGUGGGACUGUUGGCUACGGAUGCUGGUUAUUCUGACUUCUUUACUGCAAAGCAAGGCUUGAGGGUUGCUGGAGGAGCCAAUAUGAGGCAGAUUUCAGAAGCACUGAGCCGAUACAGGAAUAGGUCAUGUUUUAUGAAGGAAGCACUCUACAGGCUCUUCACAGAGACAUUUUCAAUGCAGGUAACCAUGCCUGCUAUUUUAAAGCUUGUGGCUGUAGGAAUGAGGAAUCAUCCAUUGGAUUUGCCAGUGCAGUUCACAGCCAGUGCUUGUGCCCUCAACUUAACACGCCAGGGCCUGGCCAGGGGGAUGCCUGUUCGUCUGUUGUCAGAGGUCACCUGUCUGCUUUUCAAGGCUCUGAAAAAUUUCCCCCAUUACCAGCAGUUACAGAAGAAUUGUCUUCUCUCCUUAACUAAUUCCAGGAUUCUUGUGGAUGUUCCAUUUGACAGGUUUGAUGCUGCCAAGUUUGUUAUGAGAUGGCUCUGUAAACAUGAGAACCCCAAGAUGCAAACAAUGGCAGUGAGUAUCACCUCUAUUCUAGCCCUGCAGCUCUCACCUGAGCAAACUGCACAACUUCAGGAAGAGCUCCUCAUGGCAGUUAAGGAACUUCUAGCAAUAGUAAAACAAAAGACUACUGAGAAUUUAGAUGAUGUCACCCUCUUGUUUACUUUGAAAGCACUUUGGAAUCUUACAGAUGAGUCUCCAGCUGCCUGCAAUCACUUUAUGGAAAAUCAAGGAUUGACAACCUUUAUCCAAGUCUUGGAGACUUUUUCAGAGUCAGCAAUACAAAGCAAAGUACUUGGUCUUUGGAACAACAUAGCUGAAGUUAGAGAACUCUCUUCCAAGCUGGUGACUGAAGAUGUGCUGAAACAUAUUAGCAGCUUGCUCCAUAGCAAAGAAAUGGAAGUCAGCUAUUUUGCUGCAGGCAUCAUAGCCCACCUGACAUCUGACAAACAGCCCUGGAUGUCCCAUGACCUUCAGAGGAGUGCUCUUCUCCAGGAUCUGUAUGCAACCAUCCAGAAUUGGCCAAGUUCAAGUUGUAAGAUGACAGCAUUGGUGACUUACAGAUCCUUCAAGGCAUUUUUCCCACUCCUUGGCAACUUCUCUCAACCAGCAGUUCAGCUCUGGGCGCUAUGGGCAAUGUAUCAUGUCUGCAGUAAAAACCCCAGCAAAUACUGCAAAAUGUUAGUUGAAGAAGAAGGAUUGCAGCUUUUGUGUGACAUCCAGAAGCACAGUGAGGCAGACCCCCAAGCACAGCAGAUUGCAACCUCCAUGCUAGAUGACUUCAGAAUGCAUUUCAUGAACUAUCAGAGACCCCUUCUGUGUUGAAUGCCCUUCUUAACCUCUGGAGCUUCAGAGGUGCUCUCUGUUCUCAGUGUCAGGACUUCUGCGUUGCCAGUAAUUGAAUGUUGA